GCCAAUGUAGCUGCCUCAAAUUGCUAUGAAGGACGAAACGAGAGUGUUGGUUGGCACUCCGAUCAGGUGCCACUUUUAUUACCCGCUGUUUUAUUCGUCUAGACGCUUCUCUUCAGAUGACUUAUUUAGGACCAAUGUGCACUAUUGCGUCGUUAAGUCUAGGGACACGAAGAAUCUUUAGCCUUCGUGAGGUCAUACCCUCGCAAGAGGUUGAAAGUCGUCGCGCACAAACUUUCAACAUCCCGCUGCCUCAUAAUUCUCUUAUCAUCAUGCAUGCGUCGUGUCAAGAGAAAUUCAAGCAUUCAGUUCCACCACAAUCCUCGAUGGAUCUUUUUCGGCCAGCUCAUCCAUCCGAGCCCGGAUCACCAAUUGAAACAUCCAACUGUCGCAUUAACAUCACCUUUCGCUUUUAUCGACCAGAUUUUCGGCCGCCAUCUAUUCCCCGAUGCAAAUGCGACGUACCAAUGAUCUUGCGGCCUGAUAUGAAGCAUCGCAGCGACGACAGGAUGGACAAGUAUUGGUGGUCGUGCUAUAGCGGCGUGCAGAAUGAAGGCAACGGCUGUAACAUGUGGAAGGUGAUGGAUAUGGAUGCGGAAGGUCGUGGGUCGUCGUACCGAAACACUAUAAAGUCAUGUUAAAUCUUCAUCUGGUUCUCGGCG